AUGUACUCACACGUGGUAUUCGUGCCGGAGCUCAGAGGAGUAACCGAAUCGGGCCACGAGUGGGAAGGCUAUCUGAUAGGAAAUGAAGUUUGCUACAUCACACUCUGUGAAUGGUAUCCAAGAAAAUUGGCAUUCCAUUAUCUUCAGGAUCUGCGAAAGGAGUUUGAGAAGGUUGAUGUCAAGGUUGUGCAGUCAUUCACAAAGCCAUAUGCAUUCAAAAGAUUUGAUUAUGUGAUUGGAAAUAUAAGAAAGCGAUACUUGGAUACAAGAACUCAAGCCAAUCUAUUUAAGCUGAACUCUGACGAUGGGCAAGUUCAUGAUAUAGCUACAGAAGAAUUCUCCAAAGUGAUUAGCAACUAUCAAACUUCAGGGUCUGAAGCAAGGGCAUUUCCAGUCAUCCUUCAACAAGAAUCCACACUCUGGAGUUCCAAGCUUCUUGAAGUGAUUGCUCUUAAAUGGACACCCAUUACAAUCCUUGUCAUCGCCACUGCACUCCUCUUAUGGACCAGCAUUGUCCUCACAGAAUACAACAUGUCAACAGCUUGAUGACAUCUUUUCUCCUGGAUUGAAGAACUCUCAGGAGACCAAUGGGACACUGAGGAGAAGGAUGGAGAACUAUGGAUGAAGCAGCAUACAUUUUCAAUGCUGGAAUGAAAAAUGAAAGAAAUCAAAUGUAUUCCAAAUGAGAAGAUUAAUCUGACUCCUGAUAACUCAACAGGACAUUAUGCUUGUGCUUACCAUGAGGUCCAUACUUCUUCCAAAUUGCAUUAACAGAUAGAUCAACAGGUGUGCUCGGCAAACUUAUCAACUAAUGCCAAGCAACUUGGGCUGAAUUCACAAGAUACGGAAAUUAAUUGAACAUAUCAACCCAAGGCUUCCAGACUAAAUCCAUCAACAUAGAUCAAAAUUUUUAUUUACCAAAUUAUUUGUUCCACUGCAUCAAACAUUCAAUACAUUUCAGAUGCCCAACAUAAUUCCUAAAUCAAUCUUGAGUAAGUUUACCAUCAUAAAGAAAAA